GUUCUCUUUUUCCCCUCCUCUCUAUCUGAUUAAAUGAGAUGGGAGUGUGGGAGGGGUGGUUUUGAAGCUCUCCCUUUAAGAGGCAGCCUGCAGUGACGAAUUCUUGAAAUUGCCCUUGCAGGAUGGCAUUCCACUAUAAAUUCAUUGUUCGACCUCCUCUCAUCUUCACAUUUCUCUCUUCUCUCCUUGCCUGUAUCGACCAACUGGGGAUAACAACAAAAAUGAAAAUACAGAGCCACGGGGGAUAAAGUGAGGACAUCUUGCCAUCUCACCAAAAACGAUCUGGGUUUUCCUCAGUCACCUCAGGUUCUCAAGAGACCAAAUGGAACCAACAAAUUAAAAAGAAAGAACUGCUGGAGCUUAGUUCGGAAAGUGAUCAUUCUUAGCAUCGAUGAUCCAGGGGAAGAGAGGAAAUGCUGAAAAGUUGCCUGCUUUAGACUCUGAAUCUUACUUCUUGUUGUGCAUCUGUUUGCUGUAUAUGGCUUUGGGAUUUUAUGCUUUCUCUACCUUUCUCCUUAUGCUGACUCUCCUCUUCCAGCUUUUUCCUAGCCAAAAUCCAAAUGUUAUUAUUAUUAUUAUUAUUUUAGAAAAAAACCAGUAAAGAAAAGUUACACACUAGGACCUCAGCUUUGACCAUCCAUAAACUUUUGUUGGUAGCGUUUUCUGCUUCCCUCCUUCUUACACUUCAUUUAACACUACAGGCAACAUAGACGCACACAUACAUAUAUAUUAAAUAUACAUAUGUGUGUAUAGAAAGAUAUAGAUAUAAAGAUAUGUGGGUAGAUAUGUUUAUUUUAAUCCAUGGUAAUUUGCAUUACUGCUUAUUCUAAGGGGGGGGAAGACCCUCUCUUUCCAAUUUUUUUUCUCCCUUCAUCUAUUCCAACGCUCUGAGAGAGCAAUAUGGUCUUGAAGUUGGUUUCUCUGCUCAUUUUGGCUUUCGAAUCGCACUUUGCUUCUGCUGGAGUCCGGGCUCCGCCAACACCUAAACAUAGUCAAACCCAUCAACUUCCACCAAUUGCAGUAGAGACAGCUGAAGCUCAUCUCCACUACCAGCAGCAGAAGGAAUUGCUGCAGGAGCAGGAGCAGCAAAAAUACUCUCAGCAGCCCCCCUACACUCCCCCUAUCAACCGCAAGACUAGAGGUCUAGUGCAAAACAUUGACCAACUUUACUCCGGAGGAGGCAAAGUGGGAUACCUCAUAUAUGCGGAGGGCAAGAAAUUUCUCUUGGAUUUGGAACAAGAUGGAUCAGUGGGCUUCCCAGAGCUUUUGUAUCCUGGUUUUGACCAGAGCAGUCAUCAGGGGACAUUGCCUCCAGCUCAGCGCCACCGGGAUCACUGCUUCUACCGAGGCACUGUGGAUGGGAGCGCUAGCUCCCUGGCCCUCUUUAACCUUUGUGGGGGGAUGAAGGGCUUCUUCGCUAUUAAACACACUCGUUACACCGUAAAGCCGUUGUUGCUGGGGACAAGGGAGGCUGAAGAGGGGCGGCUGUUUGGGGACCAGUCUCUUCGGGUGCCGCACGUUUUCAUUAAAGAGAGCUUCAGUUUCAAAACGCUGAAGCUUCGCAGCAGCUGCGAGACCCCUAGUUCUCCCAGGACAGGCCAUAGACAACCAGAAGCACUCCCUACUCAGGCUAACCAAACGUCCCAGAUCGUGCCAUCUCCGCAGCCCUUUGCAGCACCAGCUCCCGAACCACAGAAGGGGUGGCGACGUCAGCGGCGCUCCAUAUCCAGGGCCAGGCAGGUGGAGCUGUUGCUGGUGGCGGAUGUAUCUAUGGCCAAGAAGUAUGGCCGGGACUUACAGCAUUACCUGUUGACUUUGGCUUCCAUCGCUUCGCGGCUUUACAGUCACCCAAGCAUCGAGAACCACAUCCGCCUAGCGGUGGUGAAGGUAGUGGUGCUGGAUGACAAGGAGAAAGGCUUGGAGAUAAACAAGAACGCGGCCACUACUCUCAAGAACUUUUGCAAGUGGCAACACCAACACAACCAGCUGGGAGAUGACCAUGAGGAGCAUUAUGAUGCAGCUAUUCUCUUUACCCGGGAGGAUUUAUGUGGACAUCAUUCAUGUGAUACUCUUGGAAUGGCAGAUGUUGGGACCAUAUGUUCUCCUGAGCGCAGCUGUGCAGUGAUCGAGGAUGAUGGUCUCCAUGCAGCUUUUACAGUUGCUCAUGAAAUUGGACAUCUACUGGGACUAUCUCAUGAUGAUUCUAAAUUUUGUGAAGAAAACUAUGGCUCCAUGGAAGAUAAACGCUUAAUGUCUUCCAUCCUAACUAGCAUUGAUGCUUCCAAACCCUGGUCCAAAUGUACGUCAGCAACCAUUACGGAAUUCCUGGAUGAUGGUCAUGGUAACUGUUUGCUGGACUUACCAAGAAAGCAGAUCCUGGGCCCUGAAGAGCUCCCAGGACAGACAUAUGAUGCUAUCCAUCAAUGCAAGCUGGCAUUUGGGCCUGAGUACACAGUAUGUCCUGGCAUGGAUGUCUGUGUUCGCCUGUGGUGUGCAGUUGUUCGACAGGGCCAAAUGGUGUGUCUGACCAAGAAGCUGCCAGCUGUGGAAGGGACGCCAUGUGGGAAAAGCAGGAUUUGCCUUCAGGGCAAGUGCGUCGACAAAACCAAGAAAAAAUAUUAUUUGACAUCAAACCAUGGCAACUGGGGUUCCUGGGGUUCCUGGGGCCAAUGUUCCCGUUCAUGUGGGGGAGGAGUUCAGUUUGCUUUUCGCCAUUGUAAUAACCCAGCACCUAGAAACAAUGGACGAUACUGCACUGGAAAGAGAGCCAUCUACCGCUCCUGCAGCGUCACAGCAUGUCCAACAUAUGCUAAAGCCUUUCGUCAGGAACAAUGUGAAGCUAAAAAUGGAUUUCAAUCAGAUAUAAAAGGGAUCAAGACAUUUGUGGAGUGGGUCCCCAAAUAUGCAGGAGUUCUGCCCGCAGAUGUGUGCAAGCUGACCUGUAGAGCCAAAGGAACAGGCUACUAUGUGGUAUUUUCCCCAAAGGUGAAGGAUGGCACUGAAUGUAGACCAUACAGUAAUUCAAUCUGUGUUCAAGGGAAAUGUGUAAGAACUGGUUGUGACAACAUUAUUGGUUCAAAGCUCCAAUAUGAUAAGUGUGGUGUAUGCGGAGGAGAUAAUUCCAGCUGUACAAAGGUCAUGGGAACAUUUACUAAAAAAAGUAAGGGUUACACAGAUGUAGUAAGGAUACCUGAAGGUGCCACUCACAUCAAAGUUCGACAAUUCAAGGCAAAAGACCAGAACAGAUUCACUGCUUACUUAGCCCUGAAAAAGAAAAAUGGUGAGUACUUGAUCAAUGGAAAGUAUAUGAUAUCUACAUCAGAGACCAUUAUUGACAUCAAUGGGACUGUCAUGAACUACAGUGGUUGGAGCCACAAGGAUGACUUCUUGCAUGGGAUGGGGUAUUCAGCUACAAAAGAGAUUCUUAUAGUUCAGAUUCUUGCAACAGACCCAAGCAAAGCAGUAGAUGUCCGCUAUAGCUUCUUCGUUCCCAAAAAGUCAACAUCCAAAUCAAACUCAGUCAGUCAUCAUGGAAGCAAUAAAAUGGGAUCACAGACCUCACAGCUACAGUGGGUUACUGGCCCGUGGCUUUCCUGUUCUAGAACAUGUGACACAGGCUGGCACACCAGGACUGUGCAGUGCCAAGAUGGACACAAAAAAUUAGCAAAAGGAUGUCUACUGUCACAGAGACCCUCGGCAUUCAAGCAGUGUUUUCUAAAGAAAUGCUAGCACAUGGUUAUGAUUUUGUUUAGAAAAACAAUUGAGCAAGACACCACUGACAUACCUU